AUGGCGAUCAAAGCGGGAAAGGUUUUGAGAACGGCAACGGCUGCCGCGAAGAAGUUCCAUCUUAAACAGUUCACAGCCGCACAGUCGGCUUCCCUCACAAUGCCGCCGUCUCUAGAAACACCGGCGGUGAUUCCUUCGUCCGGUGUAGGAACAUUUCUGGGUAUUCCCAAUCUUCCUCGCUCGAACACCGAUAUAUUGAUCUCCAAGUACAUUAAACUCUACCAGAAUCGGUUGACGAAGAAGGGUGAAUUCUCGGAGAAGAACCUAUCGAAAAUCUUGACUGGUGAUAUCGGGAUCAAUGAGACGACCAAGUUACUGGAUGGCUGCAAAACUUUUGGAGAAUCUUCUGCAGUUUCGACCAAUGUUCGCUCCCUUGUCAAGUCGAGGAAGAAGAAAUAA